CAUUAUUCCCAAUCUGCUAUAUAAUCAAGAAGGAAAGCAGUUGUUCUCGUAGCAAGCCCAACUUUAAGGGCGUACACACCAAGUAAAAUGUCAAUUGGUUAUCAUCGUGACACACUUUGACAUCACAACGUGACCACUCUGACGGACUGCCGGGUGUCAUGUGAUGAUGAGUGACCAAGAACCAACAGCAGCGGCAGCGGUGCCUGGAGGCAGCACUUCGUCGACAUCGCUUCAAGGGUCCUCCUCCUCGACCAAUGUCGUCAAUGGGACGUCGUCCUCAUCAACGUCCGUGGGUGGUGUUGGUGGGCGCAGGUUGACGUUGACCAAGGACCCCGGAAAUCCCUACGACAUCAAUGCAACCACCUUCAAUCCAGACUUUUUUAUUAAAAAGAUUAUCAAGGAGUACUCCUUAAAUAAAUUGAUGGAAACCGAGUCCAACUUAAUUCGCCAAAUCCAAGACUUGGAUUCCGACAUGCAGACCUUAGUUUAUGAAAAUUAUAACAAGUUUAUCGAUGCUACGGACACGAUACGAAAAAUGAAGACGGAUUUUGGCAAAAUGGAGGACAAAAUGGGUCGUCUGUCGACAAAUAUUUGUCUAAUAGCGGAAAAUUCGGCGUGCGUUUCGAAUAAUUUGAAGGACAAAAGGGACAAGGUCAGCAGACUUUCGGCCAUUCACGAUUUGUUAAAAAAGCUGAAGUUUCUCUUCGAACUUCCGAACAAACUUAAACAAUUUUAUGCAGAGAAGAAUCACGAAGAGGCUGUCACUUGUUAUCUCAGCGGUGUCGAAUUUGUCUCCGAGUUUAAAAGAUUUCCCAGCUUGGAAGCAAUUAAAAUAGAUUGUCAACACAUCAUGGAGAAUAUUCGGGCAGAGUUGUACCAGGAUUUUGAUGAUGCUGAUAAAUGUUCGCAAGAUCUGAUCAGAAAUGUGACCCUUCUCCUCAGCCUGGGGGAAUCACCUACCGUUCUGGGACAACGGUUUCUUGAAAAUGCAAUGCCAAAGUUGCACCAAAAUCUGACCGCAUUAAAGAGAGCAAACAAUUCAAAUGUUUCACUAGAAGAAUUUAUGGAGCUAGGUUGUGGAAUAUUUGUGAGCAACUUGAGCCUUGUGAUUGCUUCUUUCUCCCAAGUUUUCAUCCAAACGGCAGACUUACACGAAAACGUUCGCCUAGAAUCUCAGGACACACUUAAAAUUUUUGCUCAAGGCCUAAUGACAGACUUUUUGGACUUGAUGGAGAAACGUCUCCUUCCUGAAGUGGAGUCUAUGAGCUCGCAGGAUACCGAGCAACGGGAGGAAUUGAUAAAAGCGUUAGAAAGAUUGUACAGAAGGUUAAUUUCGCUAGGAAUUUUGGUGCCUAAUGCAGAUUUUGCUCCUUUGGGGCUAAACUUGAUACAUAAAGUGGCCAAGCUCGACUCUGAACUUGGCCUGCAACGGAUCAAGAGUUCGUUCGAGACUGCCGUGAAGGACUCGAGUUUAGAGUUACGGUCUCAUCCGGGCUCAUCGCAGGAAAUUUUGGGAUCAAUUUUAGCAACGCUUAUCCUCCAGAUGAAAUCCAGCCUGACAAAGUUGCAAGACUUUUGUCGCCCCGAUCUCCAGUUCGCCCAACAUUCCCAGUUUCGUCAGAAAAUGUCCAUCCUUUGUGUGAGAGAGGGACUGGUGAUUGCGUCUUUUAAGUAUUUGGCCGAUUUUGGGAAAUCCCUCAGCUCUUCUGGGAGUGACGAGUAUGACAUCCUGACCUGGCUCUUGCUCGCCAAGCUGUAUUUGGACAUUGAGAAUGGAACGGUGGAAUAUAUGGUAAAUUCUGUUGAACUAGAAUUCGACAUAAAAAGAGACAAGCGCACCAUAGCGAAAUGGGACUUGACCAAUGUGGCGGAUAUCACUGCGUCGCUAAAUACGACGGCUAAGGGCCUAGUGAAAGAGUUUGUAUCCGUGCAGGGAAACGAUUUAGCUGAGUUCAUUAAAUCUGCCAUCCUGGAAAAGAAUCUAAUGCAAAUUACCAAAGAUCCCGUUGGACCCCAGCCCGAGAUGAAACGAGUUGUAGAAAAAUUAACAAAAUUGGAAAAACUUGUCGAUUCCAUAUUUCCUGAUCCGGAUGUAAAUUCUUAUCUAAGAAGCGAAAAGUCUUCCGACUCAUCGCGUCGAUCUUACAACACUACUUCUCAAGCGAAUAAAGGACCCUCUAGACAAUCACUCUGGUCCAAUUUAGACACUAAUAUGACGACCAAUAUUCAGAAACUCUUUUCAGAAAAGGUUGAAAUAUUUGGUCCAGUAGAACUUCAAAAAAGUGAUAUUUUAAUGGCCGUUGUGAAAAUCUGUUUACGGGCGCUUCUUGAGUUUGUCAGGCAGAAAACCAUGUCAAAAUUUGGCCUUCAUCAGAUCCAAGUGGACGUGCAAUAUUUCCAAUUAUAUUUGUGGCGUUUCGUCAAUAAUGAAAGCUACUUGUACUCCCUCUUGGACGAAAUUUUGGCCAGUUCGAUCCACCGCUGCGUCAACCCCACCCUGUUAGAGGCCUCGGUUGUGGAAAACUUGGCUGAGAAAUAAACUUAUCUAUUCUUAAUCUUGUUGUUGCUAACUUAUCACCCAUCUGUGGUCUGGUCUGUGUUCCCUCGUAGUACUGGUACUAACUAAUUAAAUCUCUUCGAUAAAAAUUAUAUCAUGCAUAUCAUACUAUUGAACGAGUGAAGGAAAACGUGAUUCAAAUUAUAAACGAGCAUUCCAUGUUUUACCCAUCAGUCAAUACUUUACUUACUUUUUUUUAUUUAUUCCCUGUCUGUGAUUUGUCUUAAAAACUGUGUAAUUAAUUAAUUAAAUACUUCUCCAAAAAUGUAGUUAGUUUGGUGGUAGGAAUAUUUAGGAUAUAUAUUUUAUAAUGAAGUAAACAACUGAAACAUCUUAAUUAAAAUUGAAACACUAAACAGCUUAUUAUCUAUUCAUAAAAAAUAGUUAUGAUAAGCAUAUUCAGAUUAUAAUAAUUGGCAUGUCGAAAUUAAAUUAUUGUACAAAUAAAUAAAUGAAUUUAUUUGUCAAAAACC